AUGGGCGCUGUGCUUCCAGAACAGAGCGACGUGGUGGAACUGGCUGCCGAAGAGGGCCACGACGCAGAUAUCCCCUCCAAUCUAGGCAUCUACACCGACUCUGAGAGACACACCACCAACAAAGAUGCCGACUUGGAAAAGCAGAGCGAGCCUUCCGCCACCACUUCCAUCAACGAGCCCGACGACGAUCAGCAGCCCGUUCCAGAUCCAAACAUUGUCGACUGGGAUGGCCCUGAUGAUCCGGAAAACCCCAUGAACUGGUCCAAGUCGAAAAAGUGGGGCGCAAUCGCCAUCGUGUCUCUCAUCACCUUUCUGAUCCCGCUGGCCUCAUCCAUGUUCGCUCCCGGCGUCCCUGAGCUCAUGGCCGAGUUCGGCUCGACCAGCGAAAUUUUAUCUGGCUUCGUUGUGUCAGUCUACGUCCUUGGUUUCGCCGUGGGUCCCUUGAUCAUUGCACCUCUGUCCGAGAUUCUCGGCAUGCUCAUCGCUUUUCGUUUCCUGGCCGGCUGUGUUGGUGCGAGUCCCCUCACCCUCGGCGGAGGCACAAUUGCCGACUUGAUCCCGCGGGAGCAGAGGGGCACUGCAAUGGCAAUCUGGGUCGCCGGGCCUUGCAUUGGCCCUGUGGUCGGGCCCCUGUCUGGCGGCUUUCUCUCACAAGCUGCCGGAUGGCGCUGGACCUUCUAUGUCGUUAGCAUUGCUGCCGGCGUCAUCACUGUUUGUGGCUUCAUUUUCAUGUCAGAGACAUACGCCAUCGCCAUCCUCAACCGGAAGGUGCGCCGCCUCAAAAAGCUGACCGGCAACUCGUCACUGCGCAGCAAGCUCGAUGUCGGCCUCUCGCCCCGCGAUCUCUUCUUCUUCAGCAUCGUGCGACCCACCAAGAUGCUCUUCCGGUCUCCCAUUGUCUUUCUCCUCUCCCUCUAUGUUGCCAUUGCCUACGCCUACCUCUAUAUUCUUUUCACCACAUUCACCCUUGUCUAUAAAGAGCAGUACGGCUUCAACACUGGCACUGCUGGUCUGACUUACCUCGGUAUUGGAAUCGGCAGCGUGAUCGGCCAAUGGGUAUACACCGUCUGGGGUAACCGGAGUGUCCGCAGAGCCCUCGCAAAGGGUAACUUCACCCCCGAAAAGCGUCUUCCACUCAUGUUUCCGGGAGCGGCAGCCAUGCCGAUAGGCCUGUUCUGGUACGGAUGGACCGUUGAGAAGCACACCCAUUGGAUAGUACCUAUCAUCGGAACUGGUUUUGUUGGAUUCGGCUUGAUGCUGAUCUUUCUUUGGAGGGAGGAGGAAACGCGCUGA